GUACUUUCAACAAGUUUCAAGUUUCAAUCAAACACCCUCUCUAUUUUUUUCCAUAAAAUAUUGAAGAAAAAACCAACAAAAGAAAGCAAAGCACCUUCCCUCUCCAUCCUCCCCUUCAUUACUUUCUCUCUCCUCCAACAUUGAAAAACACAAAGGCUAUCAUCCAAUAUCCAGGCCGACAAUACCAACCAAAACUUGUCUAAUCCCAAUUAAUUGAUUGUAAAGUUUCAAUCUUUUUUCACCUCAAAAUAAUAAUUUUUCAAUCUUUUUGAGUUUUGAAUUGAUGGGUAUAUAAAAUUUUCUAUAAUUUGGAUCAGAAAAGGGAAAGUUGAUACAAGGAGAGAGAGAGAAAGGAAGAAUGGAGGAAGAUAGGAUUGAAUGUAUUACAACUUCUGUAGAGAGAUUGUAUGAAGCAGAUGUCAAUUACCCUCAAAAUCAUAAUCAAAAUCAAUCUUCAAAAUCCAGGAGAAAAGCUGCAUCUCCUUUGAUUUCUUCAGCAAAUAGUGUUGUUGAAAUCUUUGAAUGUCCAGUUUGUGCUAAUUCUAUGUACCCUCCUAUACACCAGUGCCAUAAUGGACACACGCUUUGUUCUGCUUGUAAAACAAGGGUUCAUAAUCGGUGCCCUACCUGUAGACAAGAGCUUGGAGAAAUCAGAUGUUUGGCAUUGGAGAAGAUUGCUGAGUCUCUUGAACUUCCUUGCAAAUAUAGCUCAUUUGGUUGCUUGGAGAUUUCGCCUUAUUAUAGCAAACUUAAGCAUGAAGCUAUUUGUAAUUUCAGACCGUUCAGUUGCCCAUAUGCGGGUUAUGAAUGCUCAGUCGUUGGCGAUAUCCCUUUCCUGGUUUCCCACUUGAGAGAUGAUCAUAAAGUAGACAUGCACACUGGUUGUACAUUCAAUCAUCGUUAUGUCAAGUCUAACCCGCUUGAAGUUGACAAUGCCACUUGGAUGUUAACCGUUUUCCAUUGCUUUGGUCAAUAUUUCUGCUUGCAUUUCGAAGCAUUCCAGCUUGGCAUGGCUCCAGUUUAUAUGGCAUUUCUCCGUUUCAUGGGUGAUGAAACUGAUGCUCGAAGGUACAGUUAUAGCUUAGAAGUGGGUGGAUACGGUAGAAAAUCAACAUGGGAAGGAACCCCACGAAGCAUUCGUGAUAGCCACAGGAAGGUUAGAGACAGUCAUGAUGGCCUCGUUAUCCCUCGUAAAUUAGCACUUUUUUUCUCUGGUGGAGAUAGGAAAGAGCUAAAGCUUCGGAUUACAGGAAGGAUAUGGAAGGAACAGAAUCUAGAAUCUGCUGCCUGCAUAUAAAGUCUUUCGGGGCUAUGAAUCAGUUUUUGCAAAAUUCUGCUGUUUUUUGUAUUCUGGGAUAUUCACAUUUUCCGCGUUUGAGUAUUGGCUGGGGCGAAACGUCUAGAUAUCUGACUGUACAUGUCAGAUAUGUGAGUAAUUAUGAUGUACGAAGCAAUUGUGCUGACGGGAGAAACUCACACUUGGUCAUGACUCACGAAUGCUCGUCUUCUGAAUUGUAGAUGUAUUAAAUUUUAUGCAAUUACAAAAACUCGAAAAAAUCGAAUCAAUAGAUAGAGAAAAUUCGGUGGCUUUGUCAUAGACGGGAGUUGCUAGUCGGUUUCUGUAAAACCGGAAAAUUUCUUUCCACAAUUAGUGAGCUCUAAUUGGAGAAAAGUUCUUCAUUCUGGAGCUGCUGUGUAAAAUUAUACUCUUUUGUGAUGUAUAAUGAAAAGCUUAUUUAACA